AUGGUCGGCCGUAACAGCACACCGACCAAUCAAAAGGCGGAGAUCGAGGCCAUAAUAUUGGCUCUUGAAUGGGCAACGCAGCGAUAUGAGGAGCUUGAUUCGAGUCCUAACCUCUUGGUAAAGAUCAACUCUGAUUCUCGCUACGCCGUCAAUUGCAUGAAUGAGUGGAUCGCCAAAUGGUCACGCAACGGCUGGCAGAACUCGAAAGGGUGGGACGUCGCAAACAGGGAUCUGCUCCAGAGAGCAGCAGACCUGGAGGAGGUGGUGAAGCAGUACGGGACGGUGCAGUACAUCUGGAUCCCAAGGGAGAAGAACACAUUGGCGGACAGAUAUUGCAACGAUGCUUUAAACCGGUCGGAUGAUGACUGA